AUGACAGCACCACCGCCAAGCGCCAAAGACUCGAUGAAGUCGACUUGGCGCACCUGGGAUCGGAAACACUGGAAUUAUAACCACUGGAUUCUAUACGCCAUCAACCCCUUCCAUCGCGACCUUGACCGAGAGGUGCCUGUCCACCCAAAGACGGACAAGGUCCCUCAUGUCAGCACAACCGAUCAACAUAUCUGGAUCUUACUCCAUGCGGCCAUUGUUCUCGCAGUUCACCAGCUCUGGCUCUCCUUGACUGGCAUCCAGCUGCCCUUCUUUGCCGCGGUCGCCUACUACACCACAGGAUUUCUCUUUGUCGUGGUUCACCAGCUGCACAUUAUUCGGAGGCUAGGACACAUCUAUGGCCACCUGGAUGGAGAGCAUGAGCGCGACGGCAUUCCCGAUUAUGGCGUCGCCAAGGUUCUCGGUGCUGGCUGGAAGACGGCAGGUGGACGCAUGCUCAUGUCGGCCUACCUCACCUACGAUCCGGCAUCAUCGCCCCUCCAAGACAUGAGCUCCAGAGCUUGGUGGGUGUGGCUGCCCCUCCAGAUUGGAUUCUACGGCGUCAUUCUCGACUUUUGGUUCUACUGGUAUCACAGAGCCAUGCACGAUGUCAACGGGCUCUGGCAGUUCCACCGAACGCAUCAUUUGACCAAGCGUCCGAAUGCCAUGCUGUCUGCCUACGCCGACGACGUACAAGAAUUCUUCGACAUGGUGGGCAUCCCAUUCAUGACCUACCUGUCAUUCAAGGCUCUUGGCAUCCCGCUCGGAUUCUACGACUGGUUCAUCUGCCACCAGUACAUUGCCUUUACCGAAGCUGGUGGCCACAGCGGCCUGCGAAUGCAUCUCCAGGCUGCAUCUCCAUUCUCCUUUAUUCUCAGCUACUUCAACGCAGAGCUCGUCAUUGAAGAUCACGAUUUGCACCACCGCAAGGGUUGGAGAAAGAGCCACAAUUAUGGAAAACAGACUCGUCUGUGGGACAGGAUUUUCGGCACUUGCCACGAGCGCAUCGAGCUGAGGCAGGACAAUGUCGACUAUGACAACCAAGCCCAUAUUCCUCUGUGGUAA